AUGGAGGGAGCCGGGGCGCUGCUGGCCCGCUGCCCUGCCGGCGGGCUGGGCGUCACCGUCUGCGCCGCCGCUGCCGGGCUGCUGCUCUACCGCAUCGCGCGGAGGAAGAAGCCCACACACGUGACAGUGAACUGCUGGUUCUGCAAUCAGGACACGGUGGUGCCCUAUGGGAAUCGCAACUGCUGGGAUUGCCCCAACUGUGAGCAGUACAAUGGCUUCCAGGAGAAUGGAGACUACAACAAGCCCAUCCCUGCUCAGUACAUGGAACACCUUAACCACGUUGUGUCAGGUGCUAUGACUUUCUGUGAUCCCUCCAAACCACAGCAGUGGGUGAGCAGCCAAAUUCUGCUCUGCAAGAAAUGCAACAACCAUCAAACCACAAAGAUCAAACAACUGGCUUCAUUCUCACCAAGGGAGGAGGGCAAAUAUGAUGAGGAGAUUGAGGUGUAUAAGCACCAUCUGGAGCAGACCUACAAGCUGUGCCGUCCCUGCCAGGCUGCUGUGGAGUAUUACAUCAAACAUCAGAACCGGCAGCUCCGGGCACUGCUGCUCAGCCACCACUUCAGGCGCCGGGAGACAGACAAGGCCUAUUCUCAGAAUUUAUGUUCAUCCUCCUCUCCUGCUUCCAUAACCACACCAGCUCAGGUGAUAUUUCUGCGGUUCUUGGCCUUCCUCAGCUGUGCACUCCUGGUUCUGAUGGCCGUGUAUGGGUCAGGUGACCCCUUCUCACUCAGCACAGCAGUCCCCAGCCCUGCCUCCUCUGGCCCAGCGUCCCUUCAGAACAGGACUGGCACAAGCUCACAUGCAGACUUGGAAGAUGACACUUCGGUGACGGUGGCAGGCUGGCGGGAGCUGCUCCACCUGCUGCCAGAGCAGAUGGUGGAGAACCUGAGGGCUGCAUGGGCUUAUGGCAAGAAUCAUCAGAUGGCUGUCGCUGUCCUUGGGCUGUUCACCUGCCUCUUGGCCAUGUUCUUGGCUGGGCGGAUCAGGCUCCGGAGAAUUGAUGCUUUUGCUUCAGUCUUAUGGUUCCUAGUGAUGAGUCUGCAUUUAGCUGAGAGGUACCUGAAGAUGGAAACACCCAGCUGGCUCGACACAGCCAAAUUUGGCACCACCUCCUUGUGCUGCUUGGUGGGCUUCACGGCAGCCGUGGCCACGCGGAAGUCAACAGGCCAGCGGAGAUACCGGCCCCGAAGGUACCUUGCUGGGGAUUCAAUUACCCUCUUCCCCAAUGGCACUGGGACUGGCUUCAAUUCCUCCGCUGCGUCUCUCUUUGUCCCAACACCACCCAGUAUUCUCCAGCUGACAAACCAACAGCUCUUCAGAUCUCCACACAGAACUACUUCUUCCUCUCUUCCUGGUCGUCUCAACAGGGCACUCUCGCUGGGUACCAUCCCCUCCUUGGCCAGAGCAGAUUCUGGCUACUUGUUCAGUGGCAGUCGACCAGCCUCACAGUCAUCUCAGUCCAAGGAAUCUCCUACAUCAGAACACUUCUCCCUGCUGUCAGGCAGCUGUGCUCCCUCCCGCAUCCCUUCUCCGGCACCAUCUGUGGCUGGCUCUGUGACCUCCAGCUCGGGGUCCUUGCGGUACCGCCGGCCGCUCAUCAGCCCUGCCCGCCUCAACCUGAAAGGACAGAAGCUGCUGCUGUUCCCAUCUCAGAAUGAAGCUCUGCUCACUCCAACUAGCUCAGAAGAGCACACCCACUCAGACAGCAACAUCUUUGCCACCGAGCUGUCCUCCUUUCCAAAGAAGAACCUCAGCGAGCAGGGCAUGCAUGAUAUGAGAUCUGCGGUGGAAGGAGGGAGUAUCUGCAGUGAUAAUUCUAUCAAGAAGGAGGAUCACUCAUCACACUCAUCUACCUGUGUGGUAGACACAACCACCAAAGGGGAAGAUUUGGCAGGCUGGAGAGGUCAUUUUGGUAACUCCGCACUGCGAGGUCUGCUGGCCGUGAGCCUCACUCUCAAUGCUAUCUUCACAUCAGCCUAUGUCUACCGGAGCCUGCGCUGA